UAUCAUUGAUUCGUUAUAUAAUAUUGCCCCGUACCAACAUAAGAGCAAGUUCUUCCGACGGCCAUAGAUGGCGUCCUUUGCCUUCAACACUCUGCAACCCAUCUCCGUCACUCUCUUUAGUUCACGUGUUAAUCACAUUGAAACCAGGGUGUCUGUUACGGACCAACCUCAAACAAAAACAGUGAAUUUAAGAACUGUAAAAGAAGAUGGCGCUGGCUUUUCUUCUGCAAGGGCUAUAGAUGGCAGAACAGGAAGAAAAAAUGUGAAGAACCUCGGUGGUUCAGCGGUGGAGAAGACAGAAAGGACAUUAACAAAAGAUAAAAACGCAAGGAAGACUUUGGGUUUUAGAGAAAUGAGGAAGAAGGGUUCUGGGAGUUCUUCUUUGAGGUCUAGAGACGAGAAUAUAAUGUUUAAUUCUUCAGAGGGUGGGGGUAGUAUAGUGAUUGAUGGUAAGACAAAGAAGAAACCCAAGAAAGGUGAUGAUAAUCGGGUGGAAAAGGAGGGGAAGGGAUCUAGGAAAACUGAAUCUUCAGAAGUUUCUUUGAGGAUUGCAUUGGACAUGUGCUCGAAAAGAGGGGAUGUCUUGGGCGCAAUUCAAUUUUACGAUAAAGCAUUAAGCGAAGCGAUUAAGAUGGGGCAGUACCAUUAUACUGUACUUUUGUAUCUUUGUUCCUCAGCGGCUAUGGGUGUUAUUCAUCCUUCCAAAAGUGGGAGUGGUAGUAGGACUUUGAAUGCAAUCGACUCAGCCAAUGGAGUUUCUAGUUUAAAUUCCAUGGGGAUGAGUGCAUUGCAACACAAGGGUAACAGGAAUUCAGGUGCUACGGAGUUGAGUAUUCCCUUGUCAAAUAAUGAGCAUCUAGUUGAUUUUGCUACAAGUAAUGGAACAAAAAAUAAAAUGGAGUUGGCUUCUAGUAAUAGGUUCAACAAUUUAGGUAGUACUUACAAUGAAAAGGAGAGCUUUAGCCAGUAUUCUAACAGGAUUACAAAGUUGAAUUCUCAACCUUUGGAUGGAGUAAGUAAUCCAAAAAAGGGUGGUGAUGAUUUUUCAAGCACAAAAUAUGGGAGUGGUAACCAAGAAGAUCAUAAAAUUCAAGUUGGUGAAGAUGUCAAGAAGUAUGCACUUCAAAGGGGAUUUGAGAUCUACGAGAAGAUGUGUUUGGAUAAUGUCCCAAUGAAUGAAGCAGCAUUGACCUCAGUGGCUAGAAUGGCAAUGUCGACAGGUAAUGGUGACCUGGCAUUUGAUAUGGUGAAGCAAAUGAAGUCAUUGGGGAUAAAUCCAAGAUUGCGUUCUUAUGGUCCUGCCCUAUCUUCUUUCUGCAAUAGUGGCGAUAUUGACAAAGCAUUUGCAGUUGAGAAACACAUGUUGGAGAAUGGUGUCUAUCCAGAGGAGCCUGAACUGGAGGCACUCCUAAGAGCAAGUGUGGAAGCCGGUAAAGGUGACAAGGUGUACUACUUGUUACAUAAACUAAGAACUAGUGUACGGAAGGUCUCAUCCCCUACUGCAGAUUUGAUUGUUAAAUGGUUUAAUAGCAAAGCAGCUGCUAGAGUGGGUAAAACAAAAUGGGAUCAAAGUUUGAUAAAGGAAGCAACUGAAAAUAGAGGUGGAGGCUGGCAUGGACAGGGCUGGUUGGGUAAAGGAAGGUGGAGCAUUUCCUAUACGACUGUUGGAGUUGAUGGUUUGUGUAAAUGCUGUGGGGAGAAAUUGGCAAUGAUUGACCUUGAUCCUAAAGAAACAGAGAGUUUUGCUGAGUCUGUUGCAUCUAUUGCUAUACAGAGAGAGAGAAAAUCAAGCUUUCAGAAAUUUCAACAAUGGCUUGACUAUUAUGGACCUUUUGAAGCAGUCGUAGAUGCAGCCAAUGUUGGUCUUUUUGACCAGAAGAAAUUUGUACCAUCCAAGGUCAGUGCUGUUGUUAAUGGAAUACGCCAAAAGCUUCCUUCGAAGAAAUGGCCUCUUAUUGUUUUGCAUAACAAGCGUAUAACUGGACGAAAGAUGGAUGAACCAGUAAAUAGGGCCUUGAUCGAGAAAUGGAAAACUGCCGAUGCACUGUAUGCAACACCUACUGGGUCAAAUGACGAUUGGUACUGGUUGUAUGCAGCAAUAAAGUUUAAGUGCUUAAUCGUGACAAAUGAUGAGAUGAGAGACCAUACAUUUCAACUUCUAGGAAAUGACUUCUUCCCAAAAUGGAAAGAGAGGCACCAAGUGCAUUUCAGAUUUUCUCAUGCUGGUCCGGUCUUUCACAUGCCUCCUCCUUGCUCUGUUGUAAUUCAGGAAUCUGAUUAUGGCCACUGGCAUAUUCCAGUUGUAUCAGAACAUGAUUAUGAAACAGAAAGAAUAUGGCUAUGUUUUACUCGUGCUAAAUCGUUUAUGGCAAGGCAAGAUUCUGCUUCUAGACCUGAAGAAUCUCAAUCCCUUCAGCGUAAUGAGGGACAUGCUAGGUCAGCUGCUCAAACUGAAGUGAAGAUAAAGUCACAACCUUCUGAUGCAAAACGUGAAAAUAAAAGUCCAACUCAGGAAAUCUACAAAAAUCUGAGAGAGAUCCUGUUAGCAUCUGCAUGCUCGAAUGAUCAUCACACUAUACUACAACAGAUUGAGACUGCAGAGAUGUAUGGUAACUGUGUACUUGAUUUUCAAAUAUAAACCAUAUGGCUUUCCUGCUUGGGACCUCAAAUGAUGCUGUGGGAAACCGAACUCCAAACCAAGAUCUCCUUGAACAGUCACGUGGCUCAUGCAACCGGCCAUCUUGCUCGACAGAAAGCUCUGCAGUUCAGAGUACUUUUUUGUCGCUGAUGAAUUUAAAUGUACUUCUUUGAGUCUUCUUGGCAUCAUGAUGUUAAUCUUAUCAGAGGAGUUUUUUUAGGGGCUGCUGUGAAAUUCUUCUGGGGUUCCUCUCACGUUAGUUGGGGGCGAGAGGAGGUCAAUUCAUGCAAAGGUGUUGUCUUCUUUAUUCAGAAAAAAGUAGUAGUCUUCUAUUCUAUCUUCCUUCUGUAUAGUCAUUUCAUCUUUUAGCUAGUAUUAAAAAAAAAAAAAAAAAAAAAGAAUUU